GCCUUUGGGUGAGAAAUUAUCUGAUGGGCAGUGCCUGGCUGCACAGCUGAUGUGCAAGCAGAGAUACUUCAGGUGGUGGUACAAGAAGACCCGCAUAGAGAAGAAACCUGCCUUCAUUGACCUCUUGUGUGCCGUUCCUCUGCAGCAGAUCUAUGGGUGCCCGCUGGGCGGGAUCGGGGGAGGCACCAUCACCCGUGGCUGGCGGGGCGAGUUCUGCCGCUGGCAGCUGAACCCUGGCAUUUAUCACUACGAAACGGUCAUUGCCGACCAGUUCACGGUGUGCUUGCGUUGCAAGGGGCAGACAGUUUACCAGCAGGUCCUGUCUGUGGAGAGACCCAGCACUCUGCAGGGCUGGAACUGGGGCUACUGUGGCCACUACGCCUUCUACCAUGCCCUCUACCCCCGUGCCUGGAUGGUCUACGACCUCCCGGGGCAAAACGUGGUGCUCACUUGCCGUCAGGUCUCUCCUGUCAUCCCGCAUGACUAUAAGGACUCCAGCCUGCCGGUGGGAGUGUUCAUCUGGGAGGUGGAGAAUGGGAGGGAUGAGGACGUGGACGUCUCCAUCAUGUUCAGCCUGCAGAAUGGCAUGGGAACGAAGGAAGACAUGAGCGGAGGGCACUGGAAUGAGCCCUUCGCCUUCGAGAAGGAGGGUGAGCGGGUUGCUGGAGUCCUGUUGCACCACUGCACACGCGUGAACCCCUUCACCUUCGCCAUCUCUGCCCGGGAGAAGGCUGGCACAGAAGUCACCCACCUCACGGCAUUCAAUCCUGCAGGAUCGGGUAGAGAGGUGUGGCAGGACCUCUUGCAGGAUGGCAGGCUGGAUUCCCCCGCCGGUAAAAGCAGUCUGACGGAGAAGGGGGAGGUGACGGCAGCAGCAGUGUGUGCCAGCUGCAGGGUGCCUGCCCAGGGUCACAGGACGCUGGAGCUGGCCCUGGCUUGGGACAUGCCCCGUGUUCACUUUGGCUCCAAGGAGAAGCUGCACCACAGGCGGUACACCCGUUUUUUUGGCAGCGGAGGCGAUGCCGCUCCUGCCCUGUCGCAUCACGCACUGACACACUAUGAAGAGUGGGAGAGGAAGAUCGAAGCGUGGCAGAACCCCAUCCUAGAGAACAGCCAGCUGCCUUCCUGGUACAAGUCGGCCCUCUUCAAUGAGCUGUACUUCAUGACGGAUGGGGGGACCAUCUGGGUGGAGCUGCCCCCGGACUCCUGUGCCGAGGACCUGCAGGGGCCAGUGGGGGCUGGCCUCUCCCACCUCCUCCCUGUCCUCCGGGAGUAUGGAAGGUUUGCUUAUUUGGAAGGCCAGGAGUACCGGAUGUACAACACCUACGAUGUCCACUUCUACGCCUCCUUUGCUCUCGUCAUGCUGUGGCCCAAGCUGCAGAUCAGCCUGCAGUAUGACAUUGCUGUCACAGUGGUGAAUGAGGAUGUCCAGCCCCGGCAGUACUUGAUGUGUGGCCAGACAGCCCAGGUGAAGCUGAAAAAUGUGGUGCCGCAUGACAUUGGGGACCCAGGUGAUGAGCCAUGGCAGCGUGUCAAUGCCUACCUGAUGCAUGACACGGCUGACUGGAAGGACCUCAACCUGAAGUUUGUGCUGCAGGUGUACCGCGACUACUACCUGACACACGACUCCCUGUAUUUGCGGGACAUGUGGCCAGUCUGCCAGGCUGUGAUGGAGUCAGAGUUGAAGUUUGAUACGGAUAACGAUGGGCUCAUUGAAAAUGGUGGCUUUGCUGACCAGACAUACGAUGCGUGGGUGGUAAAUGGAGCCAGCGCAUACUGCGGCGGGCUGUGGCUGGCAGCCGUCUGCAUGAUGUGCAAGAUGGCAGAGGUGCUUGGGGAUGCAGAGAUCCAGCAGAAAUACAAGGACAUCCUGAGCAAGGGCAAGGAGGCGUUUGAGAGGAUGCUCUGGAAUGGAAAAUACUACAACUAUGACAGCAGUGGGAGUGACACUUCCAGCAGCAUCAUGUCAGACCAGUGUGCCGGGCAGUGGUUUAUCGGGGCUUGUGGUCUGGACCAAGGGGAGUUUGAGGUCUUCCCCAAGAGCCAUGUUGUCAGUGCGCUCAAGACCAUCUUUGAGAAGAAUGUCAUGAGCUUUGCUGGUGGCACCAUGGGAGCAGUGAAUGGCAUGAGACCUGAUGGAGUGCCCGACACCUCCAGCGUGCAGUCCAAUGAAGUGUGGAUCGGCGUGGUCUAUGCCUUGGCUGCCACCAUGAUCCAGGAGGGGCUGGUGGAGGAAGGCUUUCAUACGGCGGAGGGCUGCUACCGGAUGGUUUGGGAACGGCUGGGCAUGGCUUUCCAGACACCAGAGGCCUAUCGGGAGAAGAAAGUCUACCGCUCGCUGGCUUACAUGCGGCCCCUUAGCAUCUGGAGCAUGCAGCUGGCCUUGGAGCGCAGAGCUGGCCGAGCACCUGCGCAGCCCCCCCAGGUUCCCAUCCACCCUUGA